AUGCCAGGAAUCCGAUACUACAACCAAGGAACAGAGGAAACAACAGGUCGCCCCAUGUCCUCUGCUGCGACGACCCCUCGACCUUCACAGGGCACCGCUGCCAAGAACCACAACAAUGCCAACGCCAGCAAUAACAACGGCACCAGCAAUAGCAACAACAGCUCAAAUACAAACAAUACCAAUACCCGCUCGAGUGCCACUCCAGGCCAGAGAACGACAACGCUUCACCAGCAAUCAGGAUCGCACCCUUACCCGCUUACCCCUUCGUCCUGGUCAUCGCAGCCACCUACACCACCAUCUCCUCCCAGUUCCCUCAGUCGAUCAACUGUCAACUCUGCAACAAUAGCUGCGGCAGCCAGGAGCGCACGGAACCGAGGAGAGAGCGAUGACAAGUCUGCCUCCACGUCUUCUCCCUCUUCUGGACGGCGUGGAUCUUCUGCCUCCUCUACAGGAUCUACCGUGGGAGCAGGAACCCCAACUUCAGCACUGCUCUUUUCAACCAGCCAAGAGUUUCAUCAAGUCUGGAGUCAGACAACGGCCUUUUUGCACCGGACAUUCUCUCCAACGUAUCGUGUCAGCCAUCUCUACUGGGACUCGUGGACCAACGGCACUCAGAGGCGAGGACUGGAGAGGUUGAAGACGAGUGUCUUGCGAGGAGACGCUUUUCGCCUGAUGCAGAAUACAACAGUCCAGCUCCGGAGCCUUUGGAACAGGAGUAUUGCCGAGAGUACAGCACGUGCGAGCGAAAUUGAGCGGCAGGCAAAGGCAAUUGAAGAAAAGACACGACAAAUUCAGCGACGCGCCUUUGGAAAAUCUUCGCCAUCAUCACCCUCGUCGUCGUCUGGAUCGUCUAACGAAAACAAGAACAGCAACACCAGCAGUAGCGGUGGCAACAAGACUGAAGAAGGCGGUCAGGAAAAACCUCGGAACUAA